AUGGGCGGUGAGAACAAACUGCAGCGCAAGCCGAAGAGGCCCCACUACAUCCCCCGCCCCCCGGGCAAGCCCUUCAAGUUCCACUGCUUCCAGUGCCCGUUCACCUGCAACGAGAAGACCCACCUGUUCAACCACAUGAAGUACAACCUCUGCAAGGACUCCAUCGCUCUCAUGGCCAAACUAGGGAGAGACACCGGACCAGCUAAAGCCAUCAAUUCAGCCAAAGAUGGACAGCCAGACAAGACUGCAGUGCCUUUCGGUGGUGCAGAGCAGAGUAGAGAACACCCCUGUUCAGAGAUGGUAUCUCCCACUAAGAGCAUCACAGAAGAUAAGGUAGACCUGCCGGGAGAGGAGAUGUCUGAUGAAAAUGGGGGAGCACCUCAGCUGCCUAUGGAAGGGAAAAAGCCCACCCGUGCGGAGGGUUCAGGCGACAAGCUGAACGACGUAGAGCCGCCGAACGUCAACGGUUCCGCCUUCAGCCCAGUCUCUGCCCACCACAACGACAGCAAGGAAGUGACAUCGUGUGCUCAAGCUCGGGACACCAGCCUGCCUCGUCCAGUCCCUCAGAUCUACACCCCAACCCCCGUUUGGCCGCUGCCUCACCCCUUCAUACCCCCUCAUAUCGGCCUUGAACAGAGACCCUCGUUUGUAGGCAAAGAGUUGGACUAUCGCUCUCACUAUACCAUUCAAGACCCAGCAAACUCCCUCUACCGCCCUUACCUGCUCUCUCCAGCCUACCACAAUCAGUCGGCCUCCCUCUUCCAACACGUCCAACCUUACUUUCUGGAUAGCCACAGGCCAAACCCCAUGCUACCUGGGCAACUGUUGCCUGGGCAACUGUUACCUGGGCAAGGGCAGCAUUGUACGUAUGGGCAUAGUGGCACUCCUCUGCCUUAUGGUCUGUGCCACACGCUGAGCCUGAAUCAGACUGCCCCUCCCCCUCACCUGUUCCCCUACCCAGAAAUGUUACCCUCUAGCUUGGGUGCCUACACAGCAUCCCUGGGGGUCCCUUCAGGGUAUUUCUAUAACCACCUCCAGAGACUCCCUCCUGGGCACCCCGCUACCCAAGAAGGUGAACCCGAGGCUGAGGUGAGAGGGGCCUGGGACGUGGGGGAGGUGAAGACCCCCCAGAUGAGCCCCAGGGUUGGUUGCGCUGCUUCAGGAUCCCCUAGCCAACCCAGUGCUACAGAUCUCACCCACAGAGACUCCAACUCCCAGCAGCCACUGCAGCAGGAUGGGUCAGGUGAUCAGCUACCAGAAGCCAAAGAUGAGGAUAAAACCAGGGCAAAACCAUCUUCAAGAGAUACAGAAGAAGGGUUGGGCUCUGAAAACAAUGAAUAUGAUGAAGAUAUUCCUCUGGAUCUUUCCAAAACUGAGCGCUUUGGAGUCUUGGGUCCCAAUGGUGACUCAGCAGAAAUCAGUGACAACGACAGUGACACAGCGGACUCCCAGAAGCAGUCGGCAGCCUUUGCCCUCUGCCAGCUGGCCCAGUCGUGCCACCUGACGACAGACACUGUAAUGGCUGACUUUAAUAGAGCUGAUGCUAUGAAAGCUACCACCACCCAAAACAACCAUUAUGCCACCUCCAUCACCAGCCCUGACUACCCCAAACCAGCCCAAACAACCACAGCAUCUUCUUAUCUUAACGUUCCCUCCUUCACCUCAAGCUCUGAGGAGAACAGUAACGCCGAUCGCACAGACAUGCCCGACCAGCGCCGUGCUAUUCCAGCCAACCGCCCAGCUCCUGCGAAGACAAGUGAAGUCUCUCCUUGCUUCAGACACACAAGCUUUUCCUCUGCCCAUGGGAAUGCGAGUCCAACAGACUACGCUGUUUCAAACACCAGCCUACACAUGACCACCACCACCACCUCCACCCAAAUGGUCUGUGGAGCCUCCCAGACCUCUACCAGUACUCACACCUCGAGUAAUGUCUGGGUGCCCAUGGCAAAUGUCUCUCAGAGCAUCUCAGACUCCACAGCCAACACACUGCCCAACCCAGCUACACCCCUCAACACCUCUGUAACCACCUCCAUCCACCCACCCACCACCCCCACAACUAAAAGACGGCCCAACUCAGCUACACCCCUCAACACCCCUGCAAACACGGGCUCUUCCACGCAGGAGUCGCCAAGCUCCGGUGGAACUUCCAGUGGAACCUUCAAUGGAACUUCCAGUGGAACCUUCAGUGGAACCUCCGGUGGAACCUUCAGUGGAACCUCUGACCUCGCUGAGGCACCGGUCAGGAGAACCACGCGGCAGCGGGCCAAACCGAAGGGCGGGACGGGAAGGGGUGGGGCUCGGGACGCAGUCAGCCAACCGAGUGCAAAGAGAGCGAGAGAGUCGACCCCCGGUAACAGGACACUAAGGAAGAGGUGUUGA